AGCUGCUGGAAACGACUGUGUUGUUGGAAGGCAGAGCAGCGCAUUCCAAUGUCAAUUAAAUAAGCAAAAAUAAGAGUGAAGAAACGGAAAGAAAAGCAAGCUAGACGGACGAACCGCACCAUAAAAAACGAAACAGCAACCAGGCAGGUACAGAGGAACAGCAGCAACCAGCGAACUGCGGACUACGCAAUAAGCGAUAACGACCUUCCCACCGUCACCACCACCACCACCCCCUCGGAUCACACCAAUAUCCGCACUCCAUUUUGGGGAGAAGGAGCUGGAGGAGGAGCACCAUCAUCACUGCUCGCGAUGCCCCAAACGAGGGCUGCGGCCGCUGAGGCGGCGGCCGCCGGCAGUUCUAACGGUCAGCCGCUGGUAAAGAUCGGACAUUAUCUUCUGGGCGCCACCCUGGGCACUGGUACCUUUGGCAAGGUAAAGAUCGGUGAGCAUCAAAUCACGCGCGUCAAGGUGGCAGUGAAGAUACUCAAUCGUCAGAAGAUCAAGAGUCUCGAUGUGGUGGGCAAGAUACGCCGUGAGAUCCAGAAUUUGAAGCUCUUCCGGCAUCCGCACAUCAUCAAGCUGUACCAGGUCAUCUCCACACCCUCGGACAUCUUUAUGAUCAUGGAGUACGUGAGCGGUGGCGAGCUCUUCGAUUAUAUUGUAAAGCAUGGAAAGCUGCAGGAGCAUCAGGCCCGUCGCUUCUUCCAGCAGAUCAUUUCGGGCGUGGAUUAUUGCCAUCGUCACAUGAUCGUCCAUCGGGACCUGAAGCCGGAGAAUCUGCUGCUCGAUCACAACAUGCACGUAAAGAUUGCAGAUUUUGGACUGUCAAACAUGAUGCUGGACGGCGAGUUUCUCAGGACAUCGUGCGGUUCACCCAAUUAUGCCGCACCGGAGGUCAUCUCUGGCAAGCUAUAUGCCGGUCCCGAGGUGGAUAUUUGGUCAUGCGGUGUCAUCCUGUAUGCCCUUCUCUGCGGCACUCUACCCUUCGACGAUGAGCAUGUGCCCACGCUGUUCCGCAAGAUCAAGUCGGGCAUAUUCCCCAUACCCGAGUACCUGAACAAGCAGGUGGUGAAUCUGGUGUGUCAGAUGCUUCAGGUGGAUCCCCUCAAGCGUGCCAAUAUCGAGGAGAUUAAGAAGCACGAGUGGUUCCAGAAGGACUUGCCCGCCUAUCUGUUCCCGUCGUCCAUUGAGCAGGACUCCAAUGUCAUCGACACAUACGCUGUGGCCGAGGUUUGCACCAAAUUCGGGGUGAAGGAGAGCGAAGUGCAUAACUCCCUGCUAAGCGGAGAUCCACACGAUCAGCUUGCCAUCGCCUAUCAUUUGAUCAUUGACAACAAACGUUUCGCCGACGAUGCCGCCAAUCAGAUCAAUGAGAUAAAUAAUUUCUUUGUGGCUGGAUCACCGCCACCGCCGCCAAUGGCGCCACCUUUGCCCCAAGCCAACCUCGAUCAUUAUCAUCAGCAAGCGCCAUUGGCCACGGUGACCGUAGGUGGCGGUACAGCGGCCAGCUCGGGCACAGCCACACCUGUACCGCCCGCAGCAGCAGCAGCAGCACCUGGCGUUGGUACGCCCGGUAGUGCCGGCGGUAGCACCAUUCGUCCCCAUCCAGAACGUAUUGCACCGAUGCGUGACCGUCAGCUGGCCAUGUCCGUACAGACAUCGGGUGGCGGUGCCUUCCCGGAGAAGACGGCACGUGGCGGUACUCCAAUUAAGCGUGCCAAAUGGCAUCUGGGUAUUCGAUCGCAGAGCAAGCCCAAUGACAUCAUGCUGGAGGUAUACCGGGCCAUGAGGGCCCUCAGCUACGAGUGGAAGAUCAUCAAUCCGUAUCAUGUUCGUGUGCGGCGGCAGAAUGUCAAGACGGGCAAGUUCUCCAAGAUGUCGCUGCAGCUGUACCAGGUGGAUGCCAAGAGCUAUCUGCUGGACUUCAAGUCGUUGACCAACGAGGAGGUGGAGCAGGGCGACGAUGUCAUUAUGGAGAGUCUAACGCCGCCGCCGUUGAGUGUGGCAGGUGUGAUGCCGCUUCAGCCGACGGGUCAUCAUACCAUGGAGUUCUUUGAGAUGUGUGCCGCCUUGAUCAUACAGCUGGCACGAUGAGGAGGAUAAGGAGGAGAAGGAAAAGGAGGAGGAGCUGUUACUGCUGCUACUGUUUGGUGGUCUUGGAAUCUUCUCGGUUUUAUUUUUGGCGGUCUGCCUGGGGACCGCCCUGAGGAUUGACCAUUAGGACCCUUUAAGGAUGACGCGCACACAGAAGGAUCCCACAAAGGAAGAGAAGCAGAAACCGGAGCAGGAAGGCACUUAAAGAUCCUUCUUGCCUUGGCCACCACCACCUCUUCUCUUGUGCGAUCCUUUGUGUGAUGCUUAAAAUAAUCUAAUUAAAUUUUUUUGUAAUUCGAAUGCCGCCCCGCCGCCGCUUCUUCCGCUUUUUGCAAUUUUUUGCGUAGCUCGAUUUUGGCGGGGGGCUGAGCUUCAUCGAUCUUGUUUCUAUAUUCUAUAUAUUUCAGUUUAAACAUGUUGAAUUAUUAUUAUCACUAUUAUUAUUUUAACCGAACCAUGAAUCCAAUUUCUAUUUUGUAUUAACGAAGCGAAGGAUGUGUGUGUUGUUUAGCUUGUAAUAUCCCUGAAUAAAGCGAUCCAUCAAAUAAUCUAAAACAAA